CCAGCCGUGCCCGAAGCACAGCCGCCGCCCGCGCGCGCGCCGCCCGAAGCUCCCACCCGUGGCGCCAUGGCCGAGGCCCUGCAGCAGCAGCGGCGGCGGCGGCCCCGCAGCGGCAGGGUACUCGCGGCGGCCGUGGCCCUCGCCGCCCUCGCGGCAGGGCUGCCCCUGGCGACCAGCUUCCUCGGCGCGGGCGGGUCGGAGGCUGGGCGCCGGGCCGUCCUCGCCGGCGCCGCGGGCGCCCUGGUCGCGAGCGCUGGGGCCACCGAGGCGCAGGCGCAGCUGCAGCCCAGCCUGCCUGCGCCGAAGAAGAAGAAGAAGAAGGACCCCCCCU